CUUCUAUACGAAGUGCAUUACGGGAGCUGUGCCCAAACAGGCAGUAGUCAAGAAAAGAUGAGCGAUGCUUGGAUUAACGAUUACUCGUCCCAUAGCCUUGCGAUGCACUUCGUGCAACUCAAAAAGCGCGGAUAGUCCAGUAGUGGUGGGCAAAUCGUUCUUGAUUUCCACGCGCCGCACCCUGAGUCCACAGGCAAAAUGCAGUUCUUCACCCGCAUCACCGCGCUCGCUGCAGCUGCAGCCCCUUUCUUGGCCCAAGCUGCACCUGUCGUGGCACCUCCAGCAAACGAGAUCAUCCCCGGGAAAUACAUCGUCCAACUGAAGCCUGACACUGACAUUGAAUCAAUCGCGGCUCACCACAAUAUCGUGCGCAGCAUACAUGCCCGCAACUUGGCUCGACGGGGCGAGGAUGGGCCCAGUGGUGCUCCAGUCGAACGCGAAUACGGGUUUGGCGACUUCAAAGCCUACGCCGGCUCGUUCGAUGAGGCGACCGUUGAAGAGCUGAAGGCUCUACCUGAGGUCCUCGCCAUCGAACCGGACUUUAUCAUGAGGACCAACGCGGUGGUGACUCAAGCGAAUUCGCCGUGGGGUCUCGCCAGCAUCUCUUCCCGCAAGGCAGGAGCCACUGCCUAUGUGUAUGAUGACACUGCGGGCAAAGGCACCUUCUCCUACGUUGUCGAUACUGGUGUCCGUAUCAGUCAUAGCGACUUCGAGGGACGAGCAAUUUGGGGCUUCAAUGCCGUGAGAGGCAGCGCCAACGUCGACAACGACGGCCAUGGAACGCAUGUAGCUGGAACUGUCGGUGGCGCAAAGUACGGCGUUGCGAAGAAGACCAACAUCAUUGGCGUAAAGGUCUUGGACGGUUCGACUGGAAGUGCAUCAGACGUCUUCGCCGGGUUUGACUGGACGGUCAACGACAUUGUCUCCAAGGGCCGUCAAAACACUGCCGUCAUCAACGUCUCGCUUGGCUCUUCCGCUUCAACAACAUGGGACGCAGCCAUCACUGCAGCUUGGAAGAAAGGCGUUCUCGUUGUGACAUCAGCAGGAAAUGAGGAUUCCCCUGCUAUCGACAACUCGCCAGCUCGCUCCCCUGAAGUUAUCUGCGUUGGAAAUAUCGAAAUCACCAACAAGAGGCACAGCGGCGGCGGAGGCUCCAACUACGGCGCCGCGGUCGACAUAUUCGCUGCUGGAACGAACAUUGUAUCGGCAUCUCACCUGGGCGACUCAGAAACGAGGACGCUGACUGGUACUUCCAUGGCGUCUCCUCACGUAGCGGGCCUAGUCUCAUAUCUCCGUGGUCUUGAAGGGCCGUCAACUGCCGCCGACGUCAAGGCGAGGGUGUAUGCGCUAGCUACGCCCAAUGUUGUGACGGAUCCCAUGGGCUCGGUAAAUCUGCUUGCAUUUAAUGGCAACAGCAGGGUAACUAUUGCUGGAAGCCCAAAUAACGGCACUGUCGAAGCUCGGGGAUCAUGGAAGCUGUGGUGAGCGUUCUGAGCGGACUUGGUCACUGUAACAGUGGUUGAAGACAUUACAUAGGCAGUAGUAUACAUCAGCCUAGAAAUUGCGUACCUAUGAACAAUUAAUAGUAUGUAUGCGGCGAAAAGCCAUGAACCUUAGCCACUCUGAGUAGCAGUAAUGAAGACAAAGAUGCGUAACGGUGUCAAGGAUAAG